AUGAUGAGGCAGUCAACAGCAUGCAGGUGGCGGCUAUGGCAUAUGGAAUCUUGCUACUUUGUUAGCUUGCUAGGGCUGUUAAACCCUAGUGACGGCGAGGAGGAUGCAAUGAAAAUUUUGUGCCAUCUAAGCAAAACCAAGAAAAUUGACAUGCAAGCACACCGGGAUCCAAUUAUCUAUCGACUGCUGAGGUAUAGUUUGGGCAUGGUGACUCCUUCAAUGCUUGCAAAGUUUACUGCUGACAAAAGUUAUUUUCAAGAGUGCGUUCACUAUGAGGGUAAUCGGGAGUGGUAUUUAUCAUGGGACUGCAGAGGCAGUUACUCUUACAAUGCAGAGUCCUAG